UUAUUUUCCACUAUUUUCCUGUUAAUGAUAUACAUUAUGCGAAAUAACUUAAGUAUCAAAGUAUAGAUGUUUUUUUUAGUUUCUGCAAACGGAUUGCUGUGAAUAUGGUAAAAAGAUACCUUGCUAUUAGCAAGGAGUAAUGUAAUUUUAAAUUUGAACGUGAACAGCUAAGGCUCGUUUCUAUUGGAUGAUCCACUGAGGGCGGAGGAAUACGAGCCUCACGUUCACUGCACAGCGGCUGACGUUAAUUAACAACGAGCUAGAGAGUUGCUGCCGCUAUCCUUCUGAGAGAGGUGAAGAGGAGCCGAGAUUUUGAACUGUUUCACAAGUUUUUUUCGACAGAUUUACACCAUUUCUUCUGGGGUCUUUGACUGUUCCGUCAUAAAGUUUAACGGUAAGCUUUACAUUUCCAUUUUUCCUCAUGACUUACCGAAAGUGUUUACUGAAACUCAAAGCACGUGUUGUUGCAAGCUAGUGCCAGUCAGCGUUUCGGACUUAUGCACCAAUGCGUGAUGAUUUAGUUUAACUGAAAACCACAGAAAAAUCACCCAAUUUUCGAUAAAAUGAUCACCUGCGUCUUUUGCAAAAAGAAACUGGACACAUUAAGAGGCUAUGUCCUACAUUGCAGAGUUCAUAGGAAUGAGCCUCGUUGUCUUUUCAAGUGCGUUGGCGCUAACUGUAGCCAAACAUUUACAACUUUCUCUGCUUUCAAGGGCCAUUUUUAUCAUGUGCAUAAUGUACCUGCGCCACAUGCUACAGCCAUUGUUGCUGAUUUAAAAUGCGCGGUUGCAUUAUGUGCCCGCCGUUUUCACACUGUGAAAGAGCUAGUGUCUCACUUAAAUGAUCAUGUUGCAGAGGGCAGGUCAGUGUCAUGCCCAGUUAGAGGUUGUAAGAAUGUAUUUACAAAGAAGUCGUCAUUUACUUCUCACAUGUGUAGGAAGCAUAAAGCAUGCUCCCCUGAUAGUAUUGAUGACAUGUACACGGAAACUUGCCCUCAGCCCUCAAGUGCACUUGCCAGUACAGGUGAUUCUGAAAACACACAUGAAUCCAUGCAAGCAGCCAGUGGAGCUAUGGACAUGCUAGAGAAUGAUAGUGAGUCAUAUCUCAGAAAUGUGUGUCUCUUUUACCUUAAACUACAAGGGCAGAUGCUCAUCCCUGCCUCUACUAUACAAAUAAUUGUUGAGGAAAUGCAAAAUAUUCACGAGUUAGGUCAAGCCUACACCAUGUCAAAAGUAACGUCCCUAUUAAAAAAUAUGAGCUUAUCAGAAGAAGUGAUCAGUCAAAUUUGUGACUGCAUUAAAAAGUCAGAUUUGUUCUCUGCCUGUCAUCAGGGACAGUUAAGAACUGUAUACUCCAGAAACCAGACAUUUACAAAAAUGUUUAAAUAUACAGAACCCCAAAAAGUGACUUUGGGGUUGGAUGAAAACCUGACACAAAAAUAUGCUUACUACAUACCAGUGGCAGAAACUCUGAAGAGCUUCUUACAGUCUCCUUUAUGGAGGAACACAAAGUCAGCUGAGUUUGGAGAUGCUGGCACAGAGAUUCUUAGGGAUGUAUAUGAUGGACAACAUUUCAAACAUCACCAACUUUUUUCGGAAAACCCUGAAAGCCUCAAACUGAUUUUGUACCAAGAUUCAUUUGAAAUUGUGAAUCCGUUGGGUUCUGCUAAGAGGACACACAAAGUUCUUGCAGUCUAUCUUUC